AACAACCCAAGAAGGAAACCCAGAAAAAAAAAAGAACAGACGUAGAAGGAACAGGUUGAUCAACAUGGCUCGAUACUCGACAACAACGGCAACGACGGCGACACCCAGAAGUCAGAUUCCAUAGAAACGAAAUCCAAACAACGCGAUACAAAGAGAGAGACUCGGAGACGUGAUCAAUCUUCGUCGCUGCCAUUCCCGUCCCCCGUGGUAACGGCAUUUGGAGAGGCUAGCGGCAGCGAGAUAUAUUCGCGGGCACAUUUCCGUCUCUGGCUCCCUCUCGAAACAAAGGGAAGGGAGGCGAGAGAGAGAGAGAGUCGGGAAAUGGCGUGGCGUUUGAAGAAGGAGGCGCUGGAGGACGCAGCGGUUAUCGGAGGAUUGAUCGGCAUCCAAUUCGUUUACGCCGGAAACUCGGUGCUGUUGAGUUACCUCUUGUCGCUCGGCUUCAACCCCCUCACGCUCGUCAUCCUCUCCGCUCUCGCCACCUUCUUCAUCCUCUCCCCCAUCGCCGUCGUCUUCGAAAGGAGUUUCUGGCCUAAAAAGAUCACCUUGAAGCUGAUGCUGCAGCUUGUAUUGAUUUCCUUCACAGGCGUGACUCUGUUUCAAUCCCUGUUCCUGAAGGGAAUCAAGAUGACGUCACCGGCCAUGGCCACGGCCAUGCCGAACCUCGCUCCGGGGCUGAUCUUCGUGAUCGCUUGGGCCAUUAGAUUAGAGAAAGUUAACCUGAAUUGCGUGUACAGCAAAGUCAAGAUAGUAGGCACACUUUUGUGCGUGGCUGGUGCUCUCGCAAUGAGCAUAAUGCACAGUGCCGGAAAGGAGGAGGCUAAACUUACCUCUGCCUCAUCGGACGUCGUCUUCGACAAAGAAAAGAUCAUAGGGUGCUUGUAUCUCAUGGCGGCGGUUUUCGUGCUGUCAAGCAACAUCGUUCUGCAGGCCGUGACUUUGGGUCAUUUUCCUGCCCCGAUGUCCUUGUGCGCGAUAACAUCCUUGAUCGGGGUGUUCAUAACUGCGGCUGUGCAGCUAUUUGAAGAACACAAGUUGGUGUUCAGUGUGCCGCUUGUGAGCUUUGGAAACCUAGUCGGAUUUUCAAUACUGGCAGGUGUCGUUAGCGGACUAACGGUGAGCUUCAAUGGAUGGGCGAUGAAGAAAAGAGGGCCGGUCCUCGUAUCAAUGUUUAGCCCCAUUGGGACAGUGUGCUCGGUUGUUCUCUCCGUUUUCACCAUUGGCGACACCAUUAAACUAGGAAGCCUCGGGGGUAUGUUCCUUAUGUUCACCGGGCUCUACUUCGUACUGUGGGCUAAAGGGAAAGAAGGUUACUCACCUGGAAAUGGCUUAGAAAGUGAGUUUGAUGCAGAGAAGCCUCUUUUAACUUGAUGCCUUCCUUCAUGAUUUGUACUAUAAACUCCCAUUCAUGCCCUGGUCUAUAGUUGGACCUCCUCGAAGAAAAAGGAGCCUCGAAUGGAAAUAAACUAUACGGCGACCAGUCCCGUGAUCCAUUCACGUUAGUGCAUUGCUCCCGUUCUAUGACCGAGUAGUUUGUCGUGCAAAUUGGUGACUGUAAAUGUGGAUGUUAGGCAGAAGAGAGACAGUCCAUUGCUUGCACUUAAGUCAGAAUGCAUACCGAUACCAUUCGGCGAUGAACAUUUGCAUGUCUAUCUCAAGCCAAAGGGAUUCAUGGAAUGCAAAAGAUUUGUGUGAUUUUUAAAUGUGGUUUGAUCAUGCACGAGUUCUUGAA